UGUAUGUAUGUAACGCGAAGCCAGAGAAGUUGCUAAUGGAUUAAAGGCUUUAAGGAUAUAUAUUUCACUACAAACAUAAGAAAUGUCAAUAAUUCUCAGUGGAUCAUAGGUGUCGUUCAACUAAUAAGGUAGAACAGAGGGCAGCAGAUCAUUACAUCCUUGACAUCCAGUUCACUAGCACGACACUAAAGGGAGUUAGUUAAAGAGGUAUAAUUCAAGAUUAAGGAUGCCAGCGUUAGUAAAGGCAAUAAAUGAAAGACGAUUCAGACAGGCAAGAUUUCUUGUUGCUUCAGGCUACAACGUCAACGACAAGGACCACGAAAGUGGACACACUGCCCUGAUAGCUUCGUGUCUUCUCGAGAACGAACGAAAAGCCUGUUGUAUCAUCAAGUGGCUCCUCAGACACGAAGCUUGCCUUUUGACAUCCGACAAUCGAGGUCUCACACCACUAAUGCAUGCUUGUAAGAACAGGAAAUACCGGGUUGUUGAACUCAUUCUCAAGGAAAAAGAGCUUGAUCUUAAAGCUCAAGACAAUGAGGGGAAUUCCGCAUUACUUUAUGCCACCAGAUCUGGAGAUUUAAAAAUAACAAAAAUAAUCCUUCGAGAAUUUGUUAGAAGAAGAGUUCAAGGUCAGGACCAAGCGAAUAGUGCGGGUGAAACUCCUCUUAUUUUAGCUGCGAAGUUAGGACAUUGGGAAUGUUGUGAUGUUCUCUUAAAGGGAGGGAAAGCCUCCCCACAUGCCAGAGAUUUUGAGAUGAAAAUGACAGCCGAGGAAUGGAAGAUGUCAACAUUGCAUAGCAAUGCGCUACCUUUGGGUAAGAAAAGUUUAGAAGGGCUUUCAAGGCAAGUAAGAAGUGCCAAUGGGAAAUGCCAUUCGGUUGAACAUGCUAAAGGGCAAGAUGUGACAGCGGAUGGAGGUGAUCAAAACAGCGCAAAGAAUUCCAAACAAUUGCAAUCUUCCAAGCCUUGGGUUUACAACGACAGCAAUCGUUAUCACUUUUCUAGGUGUAACGAAAUUAAUCACGAUGAAAGAAGCGUAAAGUUGUUGGAUAAAAGGAGCCGUCGAAAGGGAAAUCCCAUGAAACAACGAUAUGGCGACUACGAUGAAACAAACUUUGAAGUAAGAAGCACAGCAGCUUCACCACUUGGAGAAAUAAAAUCUAGCAACAUUUUGGCAAAUGAAGACAAAGGAAUUUGUAUGAGAGGCCACACUUCAAAAGGUCUGAAAAGCAUCGAUGUUGUAAACGGACAUGACCGACAAACGUUCUUAAAGAGUAGAAAAGACAAUAGAUCAAUGUCAGCUCCACAAAGAGCCUAUGAAAGUCACGUUGGUCGACUUCGUAAAACCUACGAUGAAAAAUGCAAGAAUGCUUUGGAAAAGAAGGAUGUUCCUGACUGGACACAACCAAAAAGGCAAACAUCAUUCACAAAUGAUCAGCUUCCAAGCCUCUUGCGUGUCUUGGGGGAUCAGCAGUCGUCUUCCUACCGCGUCAAAGCCACACCUCCCCCUCCAGAACCAGAACCAGACCUGAGGAAAGAAACCGGCGAUCCACGACGUAAGGAUAUUCUCAAAAGAUUUGCCAAGGCCGGGCUUGCGUCCAUGAUGAUGAGUAAACUAGGUGGUGUUAGGAGAAAAAGCGGUGCGACAGAAUACACUGGGAAGAUUAAUUCUCCUUUGUCUGGACACUGCAAACGUAGAACAAGGUCUAACUCAUGUAGAAGUGAUGGCUCGUCUCACUCAACCAAGAGUUUGUGGAUAUAAUUUAGGUUAAGCGCUUUACGUUAAAAUGAGCUUGCAGCGUCUAAGAGAAGUGUGCCUCGUGUUUAAACCAACUUCAUUUAGGUUGCAACUCGUAGGUAUUGUCAGAGUGCGAUAAACAAGUUGCAUUCUGGUCUAGCUGGAGUAUCAACGACACCACAUAAGACAUGAACUAAAAAUGUUUGUAUCUUUAGCUGAUGGAUUUACU